UCUCUCUCUCUCUCGUCUUUCAUUUUCAAUUCUCAUUCUGUAAAUCAAAUUAGGGUUUUCGUUUUUCUCAGUCACAAAAAAACCAAUCACUGUUUCAUUGAUUAAUUUUUCAUCAUCAUAUUCAUAUCGAUCAAUGUUUCGCGUAAGCAACACGGUGAUCGGGAUCCUGAACUCACUGUUCCUGCUGCUGGGGCUGGCCUCGAUAGGGGCGUCGAUCUACUUCCACGUCCAUGGCGGGACCAACUGCCAGAAAGUUCUCCAAAACCCUCUCCUGAUCCUCGGCAUCUUCUUCUUCGUGGUCUCUCUCCUAGGCCUACUGGGUUCGUGCUGCCGCCUCAACUCGCUUCUCUACAUAUACCUGGCCGUGAUAUUCUUGGUGAUAGUGGGGCUCAUCGGGUUCACGGUUUUCGCGAUAUUCGUGACGAACAAGGGGAUUGGGAAGGCGGUGUCGGGGAGAGGGUACAAGGAGUAUAAGAUCGGAGACUUCUCGCAUUGGCUGCAGCAUUAUGUGGUGAAUGGGAAGAACUGGGGGCCCAUCAAGAGUUGUUUGAUCGAUGCGCAGGUUUGCAGGAGCCUUGGCAACGAUGUUCAUCAGACCCAGUCCGACUUUUACAAAAAGAACUUGUCUCCUAUACAGUCUGGUUGUUGCAAGCCCCCGUCCUACUGCGGUUACGAGUUCAAGAAUGCAACGUUCUGGGUGGUGCCGAAAUCGGGACCGGAAGUGGAAGACAGCGACUGCAAGACAUGGAGCAAUGAGCAGAAGACGUUAUGCUACGAUUGCCAGUCGUGCAAGGGAGGAGUGCUGGCCAACAUUAGGAAGGAGUGGAGGCGUUUGGCUCUUUUCAACACCUGUCUCCUUGUCCUCGUCACCCUCGUCUACUGCGUUGGCUGCUGUGCUUCCAAGAACAACCGCUUCUCUACUUAUAACGUCUACAACAAAUAUAGAGGCAGAGGCGGCCCUUGACAUCUCAAACCUUUCCUUUGCUAGUGUUAGUUUUUUUUAUAAUUAUUAUUAUUAUUAAUGGUGGAGUUUAAUUAUACUAAUUUUUAUUAUUUAAGAUGUUCAUCCUAGUUAUAUAUAGAGGAGGUACUGUUUGUUGUUAUUGUCUAGAAUUGAACUGAUCUUCAAGUACUUAUUUAAUCAGUUAUUUUGCAUC